GACCAAGUCAUAGAUAAAAUUGAAAAAGUCGAAGAAAAUAUCAAUAAUAGGUUUGAAUUGUUGAAUCAGGAUCAAGUCAAAGAGAAAAUUGAAGAAAUUGAAAAAAGUAUGAAGAAAUUGUUAAAUGGUGGUGUGCGAAUCAAAUCAAAAAGAAAUUUGAAUAAAUCGAAAAAAAAAACGUGA